UCUUGUGGACAUGAGUUCUCCGUCAUGCUGUCCGAGUGCGGAGCAGUCUGGGUAUGCGGAGAGAAUGGCAGCGGACAGCUGGGGCUGGGGGAUGCGGAAGAGUGUGGGAGCUCUGCUGGGGGGGAGGAGGGAAACUUCGAGCGAGCGGACUGCGGGUACGACCAUGCCCUGUGCUUGCUCAGCACCGGCGUCGUCCUGUCGUGGGGGGAGAAGUACUCAGGUCAGCUGGGGGUCUACCACGACGACUGCUCGAGGCCGCAAGUGAUCGAGAGCUUGAGGAGCAUGUUCAUCGUCUUCCUGUCUGCGGGGGCCUCGCACUCGCUCGUCGUCAACCAGGACGGAGAGCUGUUCACCUUCGGCAGCAACAUCAAGGGGCAGCUGGGGACAGGGACGGUGAGCUUCUGCGAUGACGACGAGACCAAGACGCAGCCCAGGAAAGUUCUCUUCCCCCCGGGGCUCAAAGUUCAAACCUGCGCUGGGGGAGGACUGCACUCUGUCGCCGUCACGAGCCAGGGCAGCGUCUACAGCUGGGGUUGUAACAUCAACGGGCAGACAGGACACGCGGGUGUGAGCGAGGUGUUGAGCCCGAGGAAGUUAAAGUUUCCUCAGCCGGUCGAAGCGAAGCUCGCCUCCUGCGGCUUCGUGCACUCGGCCGUGCUGAGCAGGGAGGGGGAGGUGUGGUGCUUCGGGCGAGGGAAGAUGGGGGAGCUCGGGCACGGGAGCUUCAAGAACAGCUCUCGUCCUUGCCGGGUGGAGGCCCUGCGGGGGACGCGAGUAGUGGAGCUGGCGUGCGGCGUUCGGAGCACGUUUGCUGUGUGCGAGGGGGAGGAGGAGGAUCCAUUGUACGUCUGGGGU